GAUGCUCCAUGAGCUCUAAGAUAAAAAGAGAUUAAGCAGGUGAAGCUGCAUAAAUGAAGGUGAAAGAUACAAGGAUCGAUAUUUAAAGCUAGAAUUUGGAAUCGAGCAUCCUAAUUUUUUCAUGGAUCCGAUUCUUAAAUUGAUUUCUGACUUGAAAUAUCGUCCAGAGGAUUUGAAGCUUUGCUAUUGAAUCUCAGUGCUUUGUUAUGAAGCUACAAGCCUUGGGGCCGUGGUACUUGAAAUAGUUAUGGUAACAGUUGGAUUGCUUGCGUGGGAAGAAAUAAAUUUCAUUGUGGUAAUGCCGUCUGACUGUCCAGCUCUAGCAUGAGAAAUGAAUAAGAUUCGAUUCGGCCUAAGAACAACGCUCCCAGUCUGAUAAUGGAAUCUGAUGAUAUCGUAUGUGUUUGUCUCUGUCAGCACAAACUAAAUCAAACACCUUUGAUUUUUCAGAUCACUCCGUUCUUAAACGCCGCCAUUAAAAGCCAAAACCUCAACCACCUCCUUCCUCCAAGCCGCCAAAAAGCUUUCUUUCAUUUGCUAUGGCGACAACUUUGGACGGUGCCAAAAUAGUCUCCACGGUUGAAAAACACCCUUUCUCUGACCGAGUAGUGAUCUCUUCCAUCGUCGGCCGACCCGACGGAGGCGCUUGCCUGGCGGGGCAGCGAGUGCGGGUCGGAGGUUGGGUGAAAACUGGCCGGGAACAGGGCAAAGGCUUGUUCGCUUUCGUGGAGGUGAGUGACGGCUCCUGUUCGGCUAACUUACAAGUUAUUGUGGACGCCGCUGUAGCCGAUCUAGGCCAGCUAGUGCCAACUGGCACAUCCGUGUCCGUUGAGGGGCUGCUUCAAAUUCCACCUGAAGGGACUAAGCAGAAGAUUGAGCUUCGAGUUGAGAAAGUCCUUGAUGUGGGAACAGUUGACCCAGCUAAGUAUCCAAUUCCCAAAACUAAACUGACGCUGGAGUUUUUGAGGGAUAGAAUCCAUUUUCGUCCCAGGACAAACGUGAUAGCUGCAGUUGCGAGAAUCCGAAAUGCACUUGCUUAUGCAACUCAUACGUUCUUUCACGAUCAUGGGUUUCUUUAUAUACAUACUCCAAUUAUCACCACCAGUGAUUGUGAGGGAGCUGGUGAAAUGUUUCAAGUUACAACUUUGAUCAGCGAAGCUGAGAAAAUAGAGAAGGAGCUCAUCAAGAAUCCUCCUCCCUCAGAAGCUGAUGUUGAGGCUGCCAAGGCGGUUGUCAAGGAGAAAGGAGAGGCUGUUACAAUAUUAAAAUUCGAUAAAGCCAACAAGGAGGCAAUAACCACUUCUGUUGGUGAGCUUACAAAAGCAAAGGAGAAUCUUGCCAAGUUGGAGGAAAGAUCAAAGCUUAAGCCGGAAAUUCCUCAAAAGGAUGGAAAGAUUGAUUAUGCACAAGAUUUUUUUGCCCGUCAAGCAUUUUUGACCGUUUCUGGUCAACUCCAAGUCGAAACUUAUGCAUGUGCUGUUAGCAAUGUCUAUACGUUUGGACCAACUUUUCGGGCUGAACACUCCCAUACCUCCAGGCAUUUGGCAGAAUUCUGGAUGGUGGAACCUGAAAUAGCAUUUGCAGAUAUUAAGGAUGAUAUGAACUGUGCAGAGGCAUAUGUGAAAUUCAUGUGUCAGUGGUUACUUGACAAAUGCCUUGAUGAUAUGGAAUUUAUGGCUAAAAAUUAUGAUAAAAGUUGCAUUGACCGUCUAAGAAUGGCUUGUUCAACUCCCUUUCAACGCAUAUCAUACACAGAAGCGGUGGAACUACUAGAAGAAGCUGUGAAAGAGGGGAAAAAUUUUGAGAAUAAGGUGGAGUGGGGAAUUGAUUUAGCAUCUGAGCACGAAAGAUUCUUAACAGAGGUCAAGUUUCAGAAGCCUGUUAUAGUGUAUAACUACCCAAAAGGAAUCAAAGCAUUUUACAUGAGGGUGAAUGAUGACUUGAAGACUGUGGCUGCUAUGGAUGUUCUUGUACCAAAGGUGGGAGAGUUGAUUGGGGGAAGCCAAAGGGAAGAGCGUUAUGAUAUUAUUAGGAGCAGAAUAGAGGGGAUGGGUCUGCCUCUUGAGCCAUACGAGUGGUACCUUGACCUGCGACGCUUUGGCACAGUGAAACACAGUGGAUUCGGUUUAGGCUUUGAACGAAUGAUUCUCUUUGCCACGGGAAUGGACAACAUUAGAGAUGUCAUUCCCUUCCCCAGAUAUCCUGGAAGAGCAGAUCUCUAAUCUUUAGUUUUGUCAUUCAAAUGUAUGCUUUCUGAAGCAUUCAGCCAAACAAUCAACGUGUAUACUUAUUCUGUGCUCUGAAAUUCUUGUGCUUGGUUAUAUUGCGGUUUGUGCUAUAAAUAUUUGCUAGAUUUGUAUUUUCAGAUGCUAAAUGUACCAGUUUGUUCUAUCAGGCUGCCAUCAUGGCUGCUCAUGCUUCUAACCGAUUGGAAUGAGAAGAAAUUACUGAUUAUGAUUUA